AUGGAGGCGAGAGAGCACAGUCAAGAACCUGAGCGUCUUCCAGAGGCCCGCCGCGCCGAGGACGGAGUGGGCGACGGUGGUGAAACUGCGGAAGCGGAGAAGCGUCAAAGUGAGCUUCUGCGCAGGAAGGUGGAGUUGCAGCAUCGCAUACAAAACCUGCGUGAUGAGGAGAACGUGCUGCAACAUGAGAAGACAGUUAGGUCCCUCGCAAAGGCAAAGGAAAAGAAACUAGCGACCGCUGCAGCGCAGAAGCAAAGUAACAAACAAAUCCGUAGUAGAAAACCACCAAAGCGGCAUCCUCCGGAUCAGAAAAAAAGUUCACUGGGCGCUGAGAGUGCCAAUGCUGGGAUCACCAACACCGGCAACGACGGUGGUGACGCCACCGCGGGUGGCAGGCGCGUAAGUAAAAGCGACAGUGGCACUCUACGUGCAAGUUUGCGACCCAUACCUUCCUUCCGCCAAGGUGGUUUCACUGGGGAAAGGCCGGGCCAAGGACAGAAGUCUUCUGUGCUUGCUGACAUGGCGGCGGUGGAGGGGUCAGUGGAAAGCGGCAACUUUCCCAAUGUGAUUCCCGCCCCCCCGUACCCCCGCUGUUCCUCGGAUGACGCAAUAGAGGAGGAGAGGAGUGUGAAAGAGGAAAACCAUGUGCUGGACGUGGACUUUUUGUGGAUUAUUCGCUCGGCGCGGCUGCAUGAGUGUGGCGGGGAGGUGCAGGUGGAGGCUGCGCACCGUGCCCGGCGGGAGAGGAUGCAGGCGACUGAGAAUCGCCAGCAGCGAUCUUUGCGGCGACUCAAUCUUGUCGACGAGAUGUUUUCGAAGGCACUAGAGCGUCGCAUGCGGGCGAUGCAGAGAAUUGCUGCCGAUCCACCCGCCGAUCGCCUUAUUGGCAACCAUGUGGUGCAGCACAUUCCUGUGUCAAUGCUUCCGGGCCAGUUGAAGCAGACGGCGCUGACGCUCAUGGCGGGGUCCACAGGGGAGGGCGUCCAGAGCCCCAGCAGUGCUCCUUCCCCCACCGGCGCCAUCAAAGACGCGCCUGGGGGGAGAGUUUUCCUUACCGCCGUUGACAUGGCGGCGGCGGAGAAGCAGAUAACGGCGCCAACCGACGCCCCUGAUGCGGAGGAUGCAUCUCAACAGGCGGAGGGGAAAACAACGACCUCUCCGAGGGUCAAUGACAUUGAUGAGGACAAACUUCUUCGAGAAUGGCGCGAGCUGGGCUACACUGCUGUGUACCUUCCGGCGACAAGGCGAUUGGUUUAUCCAGACGCAGAUUGUCCUAUAACGCGGAACACCAAGAGGCCGUACUCACCCAACGCUUGCAUGCAGAAGUACAUGCAGCCAUUACCGUCGGUUCAUUUGGUGCAGCGACAACUUCCACCUGAAGCCAUUUUAGCACACAAGCGGGCGAAGUCCACUGGAAGACGCCGUCUGUUACCAUUUAUUUCUGUUGCGCGCAAUAAGUAG